AUGCGUAGGUCUGCUCCAGACCACAUGAUGGUCAUGAGGGCAGGAGGGAUGCUGAGGCUAAGGGAGGAAAAUGAUCUGAGGGUCCGGCUGGGUGUGUUGAAGUGGAGGAGCUCAGUCAGGAAGCCGACACCUCACCGGUUUGAAGUUGUGCUUCUGGACAUUGUGCUGUCGUUCAUAUCUGUCCUCACUGUCGUUCUCAACCUGCUCGUCAUCAUCUCAGUCUCCCACUUCAGGCAACUCCACACACCCACUAACAUCCUCCUGCUCUCUCUAGCUGUCUCAGACUUUCUUGUGGGCUUCGUGUCGCUGCCAGGACAAAUUUACCGACGUGCACAAUGUUGGUUUCUUGGGGACCUUUUAUGUUCUCUUUACUAUUAUGUGUCCUACCUUGUUUUCAGUACUUCAGUAGGAAACAUGGUGCUUAUAUCAGCUGACCGAUAUGUGGCUAUUAUUCACCCACUGCAUUAUACCACCAGAAUCACUGUGACAAAAGUCAAAUUCUGUGUUUUUUUGUGUUGGUUCUGUUCAAUUUUCUACAGUAGUGUUGUUUUUAAAGAUGCCUUGAUUCAACCAGGCAUACAUAAUUCCUGCUAUGGAGAAUGUACAGUAGUUCUCAGCUACAUUGCAGACGUGGUUGACCUUGUUUUAAACUUUAUUGCUCCAGUUACAGCCAUUGUACUUCUAUAUAUGAGAGUGUUUGUGGUGGCUGUGUCUCAGGCUCAUGCCAUGCGCUCUCACACUGCAGCUGUCACACAUCAGCAUUCAGUAACAGUAGGUAGAAUGAAAUCUGAGUUGAAAGCAGCCAGGACUCUGGGUGUUCUUGUAGUGGUGUUUCUAAUGUUUUAUUGCCCGUUUUAUUGUGUUGCUCUUGCAUGGACCAGCCUUUCUGUUGUCAAUUUUGUGUUUGUCAUGUUUUAUUUGAACUCCUGUCUAAACCCUGUGAUCUAUGCUCUGUUCUAUCCCUGGUUCAGAAAGGCUAGUAAACACAUCAUCACUCUGCAGAUACUGCAGCCUGGCUCCUGUGAGUUCAGCAUGUCGUCGUAA